AUGGCCCUUUAUACCCGUGCGAGAAAGAGCGAGAUGACCACGGCCUCGCCUGCCGCGAUGAGCCACCGAGAAGGACAACCGUCGCCGAGCGCGGCCGCCAUCGAAGAAGAUGAGCGCCAGUACGCGGUCGGUGGUAUGACCUCGCAAGAGGUCAACGAGAACUACCCUGGUCGCCCGAGGAAUCACUCCGAGACAUUCCUCUUCUCGGAGCUCUUCAAGAGCCUCUUCAACCCCCUGAUGGAGAACAAGAAGCAGCCUCCAGGCUCGGGCCCGCCCCGCGCCAAACUCGGGCCCCAUGGCCCUUCCAAGCCGUCGCCGAGCGAGCAGCGCCGCCACAUCAUCGACCGGUUCAUCUCGCGAUGGCGAAAGAAUGUCGGCCACGAUUUUUACCCGGCCAUGCGAUUGAUCCUGCCCGACAAGGACCGCGACAGGGGCGUCUAUGGCCUCAAGGAGAACGCCAUUGGCAAGCUCCUCGUCAAGCUCAUGAAGAUUGACAAGAACUCCGAGGACGGCUACAACCUCCUGCACUGGAAGCUGCCCGGCCAAACCACGGCGUCGCGAAUGGCCGGCGACUUUGCGGGUCGAGCCUUUGAGGUCUUGUCGAAGCGUCCCAUGCGCAUCGAAGUGGGUGACAUGACGAUUGCCGACGUCAAUGAGCUGCUCGACAAGCUGGCCGGGUCCUCGGGAGAGCUGGAGAACCUCGAAGUGUUUGAGACGUUCUACGAGCGCAUGAACGCCGAAGAGCUCAUGUGGCUGAUCCGCAUCAUCCUGAAGCAGAUGAAGGUUGGCGCCACGGAAAAGACGUUGCUUCAUCUCUGGCACCCCGACGCCGAGACUUUGUUCAACGUGUCGUCCAGCCUGCGGCGCGUGUGCUGGGAACUGUUCGACCCACAGGUCCGGCUGGAGCAGGAGAACACGGGCGUCACCCUCAUGCAAUGCUUCCAGCCACAAUUGGCGCAGUUUCAGAUGCCGGCAUCGUUCCAGAAGAUGGUCGACUACCUGCGGCCCACCGAGGAGGAUCCCGAGUACUGGAUCGAGGAGAAGCUCGACGGCGAACGGAUGCAGAUGCACAUGAUGGAGGACGCCUCAAUAUCCGGCGGCAAGCGCUUCUGCUUCUGGUCGCGCAAGGCGAAAGACUAUACUUACCUCUACGGCGAGGGCCUCAAGGACGAUCGCGGCGCGCUGACGCGACACCUCGGCAAGGCCUUUGCCGCUGGCGUGCGAAACAUCAUCCUGGACGGCGAGAUGAUCACCUGGGACCCGGAAACCGACAAGAUCAUGCAGUUUGGCACCUUGAAGACGGCAGCGCUGGCCGAGCAGAAGAACCCCUACAACAACACUGGCCCCCGCCCGCUCUUCCGCGUCUUUGACAUCUUGUACCUAAAUGACCAGCCGUUGACGCGAUACACCCUCCGCGAUCGCUACAAUGCGCUGAGGAAAGCUGUCAUUGGUGUACACAGAAGGAUAGAGGUACACGAGCACGAGGCCGCGACAUCGGCAGACGCCAUCGAGCCGCUCCUUCGCAAAGUCGUCGCCGAGGCCUCGGAAGGCUUGGUCCUCAAGAACCCGCGCUCCAUGUACCGCCUCAACAGCCGGAACGACGAUUGGCUCAAAGUGAAGCCCGAGUACAUGACGGAGUUUGGCGAAUCGCUCGAUUGUGUCGUGAUUGGCGGCUACUACGGCUCGGGGAAGCGAGGCGGCAUUCUCUCCACGUACUUGUGCGGCCUGCGCGUCAGCGAGAACCACAUCAAAGCGGGAGCCAACCCCGAGAAGUGCUUCAGUCUUUUCAAGGUUGGCGGCGGCUUCAGCGUGGAGGACUAUGCCGAGAUUCGUCAUCACACCGACGGCAAGUGGAAGGACUGGGAUCCCAAGAAGCCGCCGAACGAGUACAUUGAAUUAGCACACGGCUUUGCCGAGAAACCAGAUGUCUGGAUCAGGCCAAAGGACUCAUUUGUCCUCGAAGCAAAGGCCUCCAGCGUCGGCCCAUCCGAUCAAUUUGCCCUGGGCUUCACGCUGCGAUUUCCCAGGUUUCGCAAGCUCCGAAAAGACAAGAGCUGGGAUCAGGGCCUCAGCGUGCAGGAAUUCCAGGACCUGCGUCGCCGUGUCGAAGAGGAGGCUCAGGAGAAGACAAUGAGCGUGGAGAACACGAAGCGCAGAGCUGUCAAGCGCGUCAAGAAGGAACUUGUCAUUGCCGGCACCGACAGCACACCUGUUCAGUUUGAGGGCGAGAAGUCAAAGGUCUUCGAGGGGCUGGAAUUUUGCGUCCUGUCCGAAUCCCUCAAGCCAUUCAAGAAGACCAAGACACAGCUGGAGACCAUGAUCAAAGCAAACGGCGGUCGCAUCACGCAGCGACACGCCGCGCGGUCAGACCUGAUCCUGAUCGCGGACAAGCGGGUCGUCAGCGUCGCCAGUCUCAUCAAGAAGGGCGACGUAGACAUCAUCCGGCCCAAUUGGGUUCAAGAUUGUCUCGCACAAGAAACCGACGACGGUCUUCUGCCCUACGAAGAACGCCAUUUGUUCCACGCAACAGAGGGCCUGCGAGAGAUUGCUAGGCAGAACACAGACGAGUUUGGUGACAGCUACUUCCGGAUUGUAGACGUGGAGGAGCUGCGGCAGGUUCUGGUUGACAUGUCCCCGCACGAGAAGAGUGAAGAGCGCGACGAGGACGCGGCCGAGUUUGCACGCCAGCUCAAGGAGAGGGGGAACGACUUGGGCGAACGGGAUAGUGCCGUCUUUGGUCGUUGUGUUGUUCACCUUCAUGUUCUACCCGGCGGGGAGCUGGACGCGUUUCGCUUGCGGAACUACAUUGCCUUCGGCGGCGGGGAGGUUACCGAUGGCUUGCCCGUUGAUUCAUCCACGCACAUUGUGCUCGUCGGAGGGCGAGAUGCAGAGAAACAGGAUGCGGCCGUUUCGGUGCGCAAGGACAUCGGCAACCGGCAGAAGAUACCCCGCGUUGUUGCUUCACAAUGGGUAGAGGACUCGUGGAAGGAGAGGACGAUGCUCGACGAGGAGCGAUACAGGGUAUAA